AUGUCUUCCAGCAGAUCCAUCGAGAUAGUUCCCCGAAGGAACACAGAACGAGGUCACGCAGAUCACGGCUGGCUCAAAACUUUUCACACAUUUUCGUUCUCAAAUUACCAUGACCCAAAACACGAGUCUUUUGGUUCUCUCCGUGUCUUGAACGAGGACCGCGUAGCGCCUCGCACUGGUUUUGGAACUCACAGCCAUCGCGAAUAUGAAAUUUUUUCGUAUGUGAUCAGUGGCGCGCUAGAGCACCAAGAUUCUAUGAACAACACUGAAAUACUAUCUCGCGGCGCCAUUCAGUUGACUUCCGCUGGAACUGGCAUCUCCCACUCCGAGAAAGCCCAUGGCUCUGAAGAGGUGCACUUCUGUCAGAUAUGGGCAUCUCCUCGUCCCGGAGAAGGCAGGGGAAAGCCCGCAUACUUCACCAGACAUUUCAGCGACCAAGACAAGCGAAACCAAUUCAGGCUUAUCGUCGCGCCUUCCGAUUCGUCUGAAGUAUCGCUCGAGAGGGAGGCAGAUGGCCCUGCUCCUAUUCGCUCGCAGCUCCGCGCAUAUGCGUCGCUCAUGGACCCUGGUAUAUCCCUCGCGCAUGCAUUUCACCCAAGUCGCAGUCCUGAGGGACGCAAGGCAUACAUUCAUGUCGUUCAAAAAUCUGGAUACAAUCCUGGUAACGCCAAGGGCGUCAGAUUGCGCGUUGGUGCUCAAAUCGAGGGGCCGAUAAUUGAGCUUAGAGAGGGAGAUGGCGCAUAUCUAUUCGUAGGAAAGGAUGCUGAGUUGAAGGUCGAGAACGCGGGGGAAGACGCGGUUGAGUUUUUGUUAUUUGACAUGGAGUAA